GAAGUGAGAAAAUACUUUUCCUCUCAUUUUGUUGAACCAAAUUCAAUUUCCAAUAGCUUCCUCAAUUUCCUCACCUUCUUCUUCUCUCUCUGUCUCUCUCUCUCUCUCUCUCGCCGUUUCCGAUUUCCAGUUUCCUUCGGCCCACUGCUCCAUUUCCAAUGUCUUCUCUCCUCCUUUGAUUCUUCCGCGGUCCCAUUUUCUUCAUCUUCUCCUUCUGUUCUGUUGAUUUGUCUCUGAAAACCCUUUUCUCUUCUCAAUGGUUGACAACGGCGAGGAGAAAUUGCUGGCUAUGGCUCGCCACAUAGCCAAGACUAUGGGCCGCAACGAGUCCAUGGCUGAUGAUAUUCUCCAGAUUUUUUCCAAUUUUGAUGCUAGGUUUUCCCUUGACAAGCUCUCUGAUAAAUCCGAUGAGGUUGAUCCUAGAAGCUCUGUCGCUUUGCAGCGCUCUCUCAAGUCUUUGGACCGCCGGAUCUCCCAAUAUUUGGCGGCUGACCACCCGAUUUGGGCGGAUUCCGCCGAUUCAUCUGCUUUUCUUGACGCUAUUGAUGAGUUGAUUGCUACGAUUAGGGACUGGACGCCGAUGGCUAGGGAUAAGUCUGUUGGUACCUACCUUGCUCGCGCCGACGAUCUGAUGCAGCAGGCGAUGUUUCGUGUAAGUGAAGAGUUUCGGUCGUUGAUGGAGCGUGGAGGUGAGUCUUUUGAACUUACUCGGCAUUUCAGGAACCGUGAGUCAACGGGCGAGUUUUUCUUCGAUUCUGAGGAAGAUGAGGAAGGUGCGGAAGGAAUUCUUGGUGACGGCCUCCAGAUCCCGGUGGCGCAGCCGGUGACAGACUACAACGUUGUAAUCGAUGCGCUUCCGUCGGGGACUAUCAGCGAUCUCCAUGAGAUAGCGAAGCGCAUGGUGGCGGCUGGGUACGAGAAGGAGUGUUCGCACGCUUUCAGUAGCUGCAGGAGGGAGUUCUUAGAGGAGAGUCUUUCUAGGUUGGGGUUACAGAAGCUUAGCAUCGAUGAAGUUCAAAAGAUGCAAUGGCAGGACAUGGAAGAGGAGAUUGAGCGCUGGAUGAAAGCGAUUACCGUAUCCCUUCGAAUCCUCUUCCCAAGCGAACGACGGCUCUGCGAACGAGUCUUCGUCGGCCUCUCCUCCGCCGCUGAUCUCUCUUUCAUGGAGGUCUGCCGAGGAUCAACAAUUCAGCUACUGAAUUUUGCAGAUGCGGUCGCGAUCGGCUCGCGAGCGCCGGAACGGCUGUUCAAAAUCCUCGACAUGUUCGAGACCUUGAGAGACUUGAUGCUGGAUUUCGAUUCAGUAUUUUCGGAUCAGUACUGCUUGUUACUUAGAAACGAAGCAAUCGCAAUCUGGAAAAGGUUAGGCGGAACAAUCAAGGGGAUCUUCAUGGAGCUCGAGAAUUUGAUCCGUCGUGAUCCGGCUAAAACUCCAGUUCCGGGGGGCGGCCUUCAUCCAAUUACUCGGUAUGUGAUGAAUUACCUUAAAGCAGCCUGUAAAUCACGGCAGACUUUGGAGCAAAUUUUCGAAGAAGCCGCUCUUCCUUCGAAGGAUUACACCAAACUCGAUGACAGAGCAACAGCAUCGUCUUCAUUAUCAGUUCAAAUGGACUGGAUUAUGGAGCUUUUAGAGAGCAAUUUAGAGGCAAAAUCAAAGAUAUACAACGAUCUUUCCUUAAGCUCUGUGUUUCUGAUGAACAAUGGCCGAUACAUUGUUCAGAAAGUGAAAGACAGCGAAUUAGGAUCAGUUUUAGGGGACGAUUGGAUUCGAAAGCACUCGGUUAAAAGCCGGCAAUACCUCGGAAAUUUCCUGAAAAGUUCAUGGAGCAAGGUGGUCGGAGUAUUGAAAAUUGACAGUGGCUCCAUAGCUCCGGCUGCAAUGAAAGAGAAGCUGAAAUCAUUCAACAUACAGUUCGAAGAAAUCUGCCAAACCCAAUCUACAUGGGUGAUAUUCGAGAAUCAGCUUAGAGAAGAAGCAAAAAUCUCAGUUACCAAAAUCCUAAUGCCUGCAUAUCAAAACUUCAUCGAAAGGUACCAGAGUUUGCCGGAGUUGUCGAAGCGUACAGACCGGCAUUUGAUGUACACGGCGAAGGAUGUGGAGGCUCAGAUCACCCAGCUGUUCCAAGGAGGCGGCGGAAGGAGGUAAAGGAAAUUCUUGGCCAAGUUGUAAUUGAUUUGAUCUGUGGGUGCGACUGCAAUUGCAACUAUGAUAUGUUGGGCCAUUCUGAAUAUGAUUAGAUCUCAAAGCCUUGCUGUUGAAAGUUUGAAUGAUUGGCAAUGGCGGAUUAGAACAAAAUUUCUGGGCGUUUAAAUCUUUGAUCACUCUUAAAAUUACUGUUUAGAUUGUUCUUAUGCACACACUAGCGUAAAUAUAUAAAUUGAUUACAUUUUAA